AGUCCCAACCCUUUCCACGUUGCUGCGGCGGGAAAAUAAAGCCCCCAGACAGGAAGAGGAGUUGGGGUUGCUCAGUCAGAGAGGAUUUAGUUCCCCGAAGUGUGGCGCGGUUGGGGCUUUAUAUCCGGGACAAGCGAGUGUCACCUCACUGCUCCGCAGGAGGCCCGGAGAGGCCACACUGCCUAUCGUCCUCCUGGCUGUGGUACCUCUUUAAUGCCCCGAAGGUCUGAGGCUGCAGAGGAGCGGGGGCACCGAGCGUCUCGCUAACUGGGGCAGGCAGUGACGUGAGAUCGGCGGACCUCCCACCCCCACCCUAAGGGCACCGACACCCGGGCACUCGCUCGGGUCCCUGCAUCCGCUAGCUCCGGAGCUGCGCGCUCCACGAUGGCUCCGGGCCGGGCAGUGGCCGGGCUGCUGCUGCUGGCGGCCACCGGCCUGGGACGCCCCUCGGAGGGGCCGGAGCUCGCCUUCGCUGAGGAUGUGCUGAGAGUGUUCGGCGCCAACCAGAGCCUGACGGCCGCGCAGCUGGGGCGCCUGCUGGAGCGCCUGGGGGCUGCACCCCAGCAGGGAGCGCUGGAGCUGGGCCAGCUCCACUUCAACCAGUGUCUGUCAGCGGAAGACAUCUUUUCUCUUCAUGGUUUCUCAAACGUCACCCAGAUAACCAGCUCGAACUUCACUGCCAUCUGCCCCGCGAUCCUACAGCAGCUGAACUUUCAUCCCUGUGAGGAUCCACAGAAGCACAGCGUAAAGCCCAGUUUUUCCGAAGUCUGGGGCUAUGGAUUCUUGUCAGUGACAAUCAUCAAUUUGGCCUCUCUCCUGGGGUUGAUUUUAACCCCCUUGAUAAAGAAGUCGUAUUUCCCCAAGAUUUUGACUUAUUUUGUGGGGCUGGCUAUUGGGACCCUUUUCUCAAAUGCCAUUUUCCAGCUUAUUCCAGAGGCAUUUGGAUUUAAUCCCAAAAUUGACAAUUAUGUUGAAAAGGCAGUUGCUGUGUUUGGUGGAUUUUACAUGCUUUUCUUUGUUGAAAGAACACUUAAGAUGCUACUGAAAACGUACGGCCAGAAUGACCAUACUCACUUCAGGAAUGAUGACUUCGGUUCUAAAGAAAAAUCCCAUCAGCCCAAAACGUUGCCAUUACCUCCUGUCAAUGGAGUGACAUGCUAUGCCAACCCCGCUGUCACUGAGCCUAAUGGACACAUCCACUUCGACACUGUCAGUGUUGUGUCCCUCCAGGAUGGAAAAGCAGAGUCAAGUUCAUGCACCUGUUUGAAGGGGCCCAAACUGUCAGAAAUAGGAACGAUUGCUUGGAUGAUCACGCUCUGUGAUGCCCUCCACAAUUUCAUCGAUGGCUUGGCUAUCGGGGCAUCCUAUACUCUGUCUCUUCUUCAAGGACUCAGUACUUCCAUAGCGAUCCUGUGUGAGGAGUUUCCUCAUGAGUUAGGGGACUUUGUGAUCUUGCUCAAUGCAGGGAUGAGUACUCGGCAAGCCUUGCUGUUUAACUUCCUCUCUGCAUGUUCCUGCUACGUUGGGCUCGCUUUCGGCAUUUUGGUGGGCAACAAUUUUGCUCCAAAUAUUAUAUUUGCACUCGCUGGAGGCAUGUUCCUCUACAUUUCUCUGGCAGAUAUGUUUCCAGAGAUGAACGACAUGCUGAGAGAAAAAGUAACUGGAAGACAAACGGACUUCACCUUCUUCAUGAUCCAGAACGCAGGGAUGUUAACCGGAUUCACUGCCAUCUUGCUCAUCACCUUGUACGCAGGGGACAUCGAAUUGCAGUAGCUGGGAGUAUGACGUCAGCGCGGCAAGGCAUUUAAUAAACAACAACACAGAAGAAACAUCUCCAUAGGGAAUUUUUUUUUUUUUAAAAGUGUAUCCUAUUUAGUUAAAAGAGAUUUUUUUUUUAAAUUUUUCAACUAGAAGCUAAGAAAUCUAAUGACUGGUUUCAGACACGUAGAAUAGGUGAAAUUUGUUGUUAAAAAUUUCUUUAAAAGGUUUUCGGUUUCAGUCUGAAAUGGCUGGUGUAUGGGGCCUUUGGUAAAUACCUGCUUUUCAAUAUUUUAUGCCUAUUAGAAAAUUAUCAUGAAGCAAACACAUGCAUUCAGUAGCAGACAUACAGACCCAGAGAAAAACACAAUCUGAGUCAUGCAAGGCUUUAGAACUUGGUUGGAAUAAACACACACACACACACACACACACACACACACACACACACACACACACACACACACACACACACACACUUGUUUUCAUGGUGGUUUUCUUCCGAUUAAUGUGUUCGUCUGCUUUUAAAGGCAGGUGCUUCAAAUGUGGAAGAAAAUCAAAACAGUUCCAGUGCAUGCAGGAAGGAUUCCAGUGCCUCAAUGAACCCCAGAGAGAUUGUGCACAGCGUUUGUUCAGCUUUUUGUCUCAGUUGGCGACCUGUAGGAUUGUUUUGAAUCCCAAAGUAACAUGAAUUAGGAAAGGAUGAGAGCCUUGCUAGCCAGGUGAAGCUUGGGCUUAGGGCUUGUUCCCUGAGUAUAUAAGCUUGAACACACUCUGCAGAAGACCAGAAUUUGCUGUGCUGUGACUUAGGUUGUGGUUCCAGCCCAACAGAAAUGACCGAGGAGUAUGUAAGACCGGUCAGAACGCAGUCGUGCCGUGCUCUGGGAUUGCUUUGUAAGGGUGAAGAAUGUGUUGGGUGGGAGAGAGAAAUUGAAUAUAAUUUUGAGCAAUUUACUUUUUUAAAGGCGAGCAUAAUUAUUUAGCAGGGAGAAUUUCAAUAAAUGCAAAAUAACAGCUGGGCUGGGCUGUGUCAGAGACUGAUGGUGGAGGAAGUGUGUGUUCAUUAGGGGUGAUUGACAGUCAGAAACGUCUUCUUUUAUGCCCAGCAUGCUUUGUUCCCAUAUGCUAUACCUUUGGAUGGAAAAACUCAACAUACUGUGCUUAUUUUUCUACCUUUGGUAAAACACAGAGCUCGCUGAGUUUUUGAGCAGGUUGUAGACAAUUAGUCUGAAUUGAACAUCCCAAUCUCAAUUCACACUCCCAAGGAACCCAAAAGAGAUGAUUUGACAGUGAUGAGAAUGAUUAAUAGAACACAACUUAUCCCGGGAUUGUGUUUCCCUAUAAGCCAAAACACAUUUUCAUGUAAGAACAAUGCAAACUCGAUAAACGUUAACAUAUAUGUUUAUGUGUGUUUCACUCUAUGACUGACAAUUAAAACUUAUUUGACCAGACAGUAAACAAUUUUGAAACCGUAUACUGUGUCAGUUUUAUUUUUUUUUCUUAACAUGUCUUUAUUUUGAGUGACUAUUGUGUGCCUGGUGUCAUGGGGAGAGAGGCAAGUAGGAAAAUGAUGUUGCGCUGCUGAUUUCAAAAAGAUCUGGCAAACAAAUCCUACAAAGACUUGUUUUUCAUUUCAAUAAACACAAUCUAUAUUAGUACAA